AAAGGCCCAAGAAAGCAAACAAAUGGUUCUGGAGCUCUACCUGGACCUGCUGUCCCAGCCCUGCCGCGCCGUCUACAUUUUUGCCAUGAAGAACCGCAUCCCCUUCGAGCUGCGCACAGUGGAGCUGCUCAAAGGGCACCUCUUGAGCAGGGAGUUCUCCCAGAUUAACAUCCUGCAGAAGGUUCCCACCCUCAAGGAUGGCGACUUCAUCUUGACUGAAAGCGCCGCCAUCUUGAUUUACUUGAGCCUUCAGUACCAGACGGCAGACCACUGGUACCCAUCUGAACUUCGGGCCCGGGUUCGUGUCCACGAGUACCUGGGCUGGCACGCUGACUGCAUCCGUGGCACCUUUGGCGUGCCCUUGUGGACCCAGGUGUUGGCACCACUCAUUGGUAUCCAUGUGACUGAGGAGAAGGUGGAGCGCAACAAGGCCGCCAUGGCUCGGGCUCUGCAGCAGCUGGAGGACAAGUUCCUGGGGUACUGGGACUUCCUCAACAGCCAGCAGGUGACGUUGGCCGACAUCAUGGCGCUGGAGGAGCUGAUGCAGCCUGUGGCUCUUGGCUGGGACCUUUUUGAGGGACGGCCGAAACUGGCAGCAUGGCGUGAGCGAGUGGAGGCUUUCUUGGGUACUGAUCUGUGCCAGGAGACCCGUGGCCGCAUCUUGAACAUCCUGGAGCAGGCAGCCAACAAAACAGUCCCACAGCCUGUACCAGAAGUCUACCCGUAUAUGCUAUUUCGUAUUUCCAGGAUCCCCUGAGUAGUCAGGAAUAGGGACUAAUGAUUGGAGGCCAGGAGAUUAGCAAUGAAGAUUCACUCAGUUUCUUACUUGUCCUUUUUCAUCUUUUCCAUCUUGCCUCAGCCUCUUGUUUCUAACUCCAGGAGGAAGUCUACAUAGGCAGGAUACCUUACGUCCUUGGUAGGGCUUCUUCUCAGCAGCAGAUAUAACAAUCAAUAGAAGACCAAAAUCCACCAUAUAUAAAAAGCUCUGGAAAUUCAAUAACAUGAAGAUAAAUCAACUAAAAAUCAGCAAAUGUCCUUGGUCUUUUAAAAAUAAUGAAGACUCCAACACUUGAAUAAAGAACCAAGAAUUAUU